AUGCCAGACGCACAAAUCUACAUACAAGACUUUAUGAGGACCGAAAAACCUCGACCUCAGAGUUCUGCCGUAAGGAGACAUGCACCAAAACUUGGUAAUCCCACUCCUCUCGGUCUUUCAGCUUUCGCCUUGUCCGUCAUGGUUGUAUCCAUCUACAAUCUUUUUAACUCUACACCACACGUUGUGGUCGGUGUAUCUCUAUUCACAGGUGGUGUCGUUCAAUUCGCUGCUGGUAUGUGGGAGUUCAAAGUUGGAAACACCUUUGGAGGAACUGGGUUCUCUGCAUUCGGUGGGUUCUGGGCUUCUUUUGGAGUACUUUACAUUCCAGCUUUUGGUAUCCAGGCUGCCUACGGUGCCGAUGAUCUCAAUAAUCUAUCGGGACAAAUAGCUUAUAACAAUGCUCUUGGAGUUUAUUGUAUAGCAUGGUUGAUAUUUACUUUCAUCUUUACAUUGGCUUGUAUGAGAACAAACGUGGGUGUAUUGUCAGCUUUCAUAUUCUUGACGAUGACCUUCGGUGCUUUGGUGAUUUUCCAUUUUACUAGAACGAUUUUCUUUUUAAGAAUUGCUGGUGCCCUUGGUCUUAUUACAUCAUCAAUUGUUUGGUAUUGUUUGGCCGCUACUCUCUUAACGCCUGACUUGUCUCCAAUCAGUUUACCUCUUGGAGAUUUGUCUCGCAAAGAUAAAUAA